AUGGUGCCCAGCAGAGGCCGCCCGGGCCGGGCCCCGCGGGCCGCGCCCGCAGCGGUUAAUAAUUGUGGUUUCCAGCUGGUCAUCCAGACCUCAUCAAUACCAGAAAAAAACAAACCAUUUGAAUUCAGGAUAAAUAAAGAACAGUCCUCUUUCCACAAUAGACUUCCGCAGCAUGAUCUGGAAAAAAACUACUCAGGAAGGCAAGAUAACAUGAAUUUUGGGAGCAGUUCAUCAAUAACAUUUCCUGUAUUGCAACGUACUGCUGAAGAAAAGAUACUGAACUCAGAUAGACUUACCCUGGAAAGGCAAAAACUGACAGUGUGUCCAAUUAUUGAUGGGGAAGAUCACCUUCGUCUUUUGAAUUUCCAGCAUAACUUUAUAACUCGUAUCCAAAAUAUUUCUAAUCUUCACCAUCUUGUUUUCUUAGAUUUAUAUGAUAAUCAGAUUGAAGAAAUAAGUGGGGUUUCAACUUUGAGAUCCCUGAGAGUGCUUCUUUUGGGAAAGAACAGAAUAAAGAAGAUCUCAAAUCUGGAGAACCUAAAAAACCUUGAUGUUUUAGAUCUUCAUGGAAAUCAGAUUGCUAAAAUAGAAAACAUCAGUCAUUUAAGUGAACUGAGAGUGUUAAACCUUGCCAGAAACCUCCUAACUGUUGUAGAAAACCUGAAUGGACUGGAUUCACUCACAGAGCUCAACCUCCGUCAUAAUCAAGUCUCUGCUAUAAAAGAUGUGGAUACUUUGCCCUGUCUCCAGCGUCUCUUCCUCAGCUUCAACAAUAUAUCUAGUUUUGAGGAUAUUCUGUGCCUUGCUGAUUCCUCAUCCUUGUCAGAUAUCACCCUUGAUGGCAAUCCAAUAGCUCAGGAGACAUGGUACAAACACACUGUUCUCCAUCAUAUGAUGCAGCUCCGACAGCUAGAUAUGAAGAGAAUCACAGAAGAAGAAAGACGGAUGGCAUCUAUUGCAGCAAGGAAAGAGGAAGAAAGGAAGCGUGAAAGCCAUAGACAGACCUUGCUUAAGGAAAAGAAGCGCUUAACACUUGGUAACAUUGCUCGGCAAUGGGAGAUCCAGCAGAACAGAAUUGCUCUGGAGGCUUCUUUAAACAAAGAUAAAGAAAAUGAGCCCUGCCAGAUCAAUGGCAGUGCUGCAUAUGUAUUUUCUGAAGAAAGCAGAUCUCUUGAUACAAUCCUGAGCAGUGCAGUACAAGGCUUGUCUGUUCUAGAGUCUCAUUUAGUGGAAGUGGAAGGAGACACUCUUGGCUUGUAUGGUGCUGGAGCACUGGAGUGCCUGGAUCGAAACUGGAGUGUUCAAACAGCUGGCAUUAUUGCCACAGUCUCCUUUAUGUUCAUAGAAUUUGAUGAAAUUGUUCAAGUGUUAGCAAAAGUGAAGACAAAAUUUCCAAAUUGUGUGCACCUGAAGUUUAAGGAGACAAAUCUUGUGGCGCUGCAGCAGUUCAAUGCAUUGGCUGAGAUGCAUCGCAUGGAACAGUUGACAGUUGAUCCUCAGGGAAAUCCAGUUGUCAGCUUCACAUUGUGGAAGUACUAUGUUCUGUUCAGACUGAACCAUUUUAAUUUACAGAAGAUAAAUGGAGUGAAGGUUACUGAAAAUGAUGUUGUAAAGGCAGAAAGGCUCUUUGGCAUUCUGGCAUACGUGGCAUCUUCGGAGCUGCCACAUUAUCGCAUGCUUUCAUUAUUUGGAGAAUCCAGGAGGAAGCAAUUCCAUUUUCUGCUGGAGGGAAAGGGAAAGAAAGCUGGAGUAGGGAGUGAAGAAAGUAGUGAAAACAGAAGAAGCGGAGGGGAAAGCACAGCUCGAGCAACGUUGAAUUACAUGACAAAGGAUUUUCAUAUGGAAAAGCUUGAGGAAAUCAAAGAAAGAAAAACAUUUUGCCAGACAUACGUUGAGAACUUAGUGAAAGAAGCAGCUGACAUCAAUAUGAAAAAUGAGUCGUUGCAGAAGCUCUGGCCUCAGCUGUUCAUUGAACUUGUCCGAGAUGCGGUGAUAGAAAUCCGCAAUAAAAACUCCUACAUGAGGCUCUGCCUCCAGCGGGUCACUGAUCAGAAGCAGUAGAGUCGAGGCGUGUUGUCUUGCAGGCUUUUGGUUCACUAUUCUCUCAUGUUUUACAGACAUAAACCAAUAGAAUAGAAAAUUCUCAUCACUAUUCAUUCAUUCCCUUCCUCCCCCAAAGGGUUGCCUUUAAAUCUUAAUUAACUCUUAAUAGACUUGAAAUAAAAGUUUACUUUCAUACUGCUUUACCAAUGCUUCCUUGGCUAACUAAAGUGAUAGCAUAGAAAUGACUUGGUGAUUGUUUUACUAAGUUCUUGUUUAUUUUUUUCUGCUACCCUUGAUUCUGUAGUGAUACAGCAUUGAUUUUUAAAGAACAAAUUUUCAAAACUUGCCUUUAUUGAACACUUUUCAAUUGUCAUUUUUUUGACUGCUGCUGUUUUAAAAAUCCAAGAAUAGUUGCUAAUUCUUUUAUGGCCAAAAGUUGGUAAAUUAUUUUUACACCCUGAACUCAACAAAGACUUAUUAUUGUUGUUUAAUUUGUGGGAUUAUAGAACACAUUUUCUCAUGAGUGUUCAGAGUAUUUGCAUUUAAUCAGCCUAAUUCUCAACUGAGCAAAUUGCCCAUAUUUAAUUUCAAAUGUUUUUCAUUAAUUUUACUAGUAAAGUUGUGUGAAUU